UCUAGUCCAAGAAACCAUCACAAAAACAUGAAUUAGCCAGUAAAAGCCAAGUGAAAACAGACCUAUUUCUUCUGUGGCAUCCAAAAUUGCGUUCCAAUCCGCGGCGUAAGAUGUUCGAUGGUGCCAAUAGCGCCUAGCGGAGCCCGGAGAACGCGCAGUAUGUAAGAACGGCCUGUUGGCGAAUCGUGCAAUUGCGUCGUGUUACAAAACAACAAUUUGCGCAUCAUGGCCAGUGCAGCGGAUGACUCGGAGUCCGGGGGUCAGGAGGAUCGGGAGAGUUUCGCCAUCUACCACGAGGGCAGGAUGCUGCAGCUUCACUGGCGCGGCUUGCCUCCCCUUCGGCGGGCUCCCGCAUCGCGGAUUUGCAGCAUUGGCGAGGGCCUGCUCCUCCUGACCACCGACCACGCCCUCUACUCCGCCCAGCUGCAGGCCAACCGCAACCACCUGGACAUACAACUCCUGCGCACGGACGUGGUGGACAUGGACUUCUGCUCCGGCAGCCAGGAACUCUUUGUGGUGCUCAGCAACGGCUCUGUGCAGCGCCAGUCCACGGGACCUGGUCGGGAUGUGGGUCACCCGCACGCCUGGCAAACCCUCGGCUUCGAUCCCCUGGAACUGCUCGCCGAGGGCGUUCGCAUCCGGCGCGUUUGCUGCUCCGCCCAGGGCGUGGUCUUCGUCGGCUCUGCCGGGGAAACCUAUGUCAUGGGCAGUUGCGGAGAGGUCUUCAAGGCGGAACAACAACCCCGCCACAUGCGCCUAUACGAAGAGGGAAAGGAACUGCUGGACUUGGCUGCCGGCAACGAGCACUUCGUCAUGUUGGUUGCUCCCUACAACCUGGCCGACGAUGCGCUCCAGCUUCCGGUGGCCAGUGCGAAGGAAGAGCCCGAGGACGAGCGCGCAUCGGUUAAAUCCCUCAGCAGCGACAACUCCGAGCGCAGCUUUGCGGCCAACACGAGGCACCUGCUCCAUCAAGGCUACGCCCUGCUCCACACCCAAUUAUUCACCUUCGGAGCCUCCAAUAAUGGCCUCCUGGGCACCGGGGAUCACAUCCGGCGGGCCAAUGUCAUGCGUCUCCAGAAACUGGACAGCAUGGGCGUGUGCAGCAUUGCAGCCGGGCUGGAGCACACGGUGGCCCGCACGCUCGACGGAAGGCUCUACCACUGGGGCCUAAACAAUCACUCCCAGCUGGGCGAGGAUGUAAGCUCGCCCAUGGAGAUCACCAUAACGGAUAGCUCGGCGACACUGCCCUUGGAGCAGAACUCGGCGCUAGAGGCGACUUGCGGCGACUACCACACGCUGCUGCUGAACGCCUCUGGACAAAUACAAUCCCUGCAGCCGCCGCCUCCCAUGCGACACCUGCAGCAAUCUAGCACCUAUGCCCAGACGCUCCUCCAGCUUCAAUUGGGAGCCGCGUGGCCCCGACAACUGCGCCUGCUCAUGUCCUCCGGCGGGUACACGCUGCAAAACCAAAGGCAGUUCCAGCGCCAGUAUCACUACUACCUGAGUCACCUGCAAUCGCAGUUGCAGCUGCUGCUCAAGCACCGCCAGGCAGUCCAAACACUGGAGAUCUGGCAGCGGCAGUCGGCGCUGGAAGCGCUCAGCGUCCUCGGUCCGCUGUUGGUCAACUGGGAGCGAAUCCUGUGCCUGCUUGUGGCCACCUUGCAUUCGUUGGAGGGCUUCUACCGAGCUGAUUUCGUGCAGCCCGCCGAUCUGCUGUUCAUCUGCCACCACAAGGAAUACAUCGAACUGUUCGACGGCUACACAAAGGCCUAUUGCGAUGUGUACUCGGUGAACGGAUUUGUUGAGGCGGUGGCCGCCAUUGCUGGACUCAGCAGCCCACUGGCCGAGCUCAACGAGGAGAGCUACGUGACUCGGUUGUUUCAGCAACCCUUCAGUAUCUACCAGCUUUUUGUGCAGUUCAUGGAGCUGCUAGUCAAGACGCAACCGGAGUACGGAGAGCACAGAGUGGCCUGGUCGGAGUUUGCGCGACACAGCUGCAUCAGCCAGGAGCUGGCCGUGAACACCAGGGAUUUCUGGAGCAGCAACGAUCGCAACCCAAGGAUAGUUCAGUUCAGAAAGCGCCAGCGAAGGGUGAUACUCACGUCAGCCCUGGUGCCUCUGAAACUAGUCACCUCUGGCAUCAGCAUGUCCAGCAAUAGCUUCAUCUUGUUUUCGGACUUCCUCUGCCAGGUGGGCGGCAACUCGCUGUACUCCUAUCCCUUGACUACCCUGUGGGUGUGGACCGAAGGCGACCUGUACCUGCGCUUGACAACGCCGGAAAAGACACUUUUGGUAGCAACGCGUACGCAGGAGAUGCGCAAGGUGUGGCUGGACCAGCUGCAAUCGAGCAUUGUUGCGUCCUUGGGCAGGCCACUCGGCAGCCCGGUGCCCAGUUCUCGCUCCACGGGCUACGAGUUUAGUCGCGAGCACCCGAAGUUCUCCAGGGUGAAGGCGUGCGGUACCUGGAGAAAGGGUGUCCUUCACGGAAACUGCUAUCUUGAGUAUCCGGACGGCAGCGUUUACUGCGGAGAGCUGUAUUAUGGUACCAUCGAAGGCUAUGGCAAAAUGGUGAUUCCGUCAUCGGGCCUGUAUGUGGGUCACUUCAAGGGUGGACGCUUCCACGGUCACGGUGUUUACGAGAUCCACAACAAGGACACUCCAGAAAGCGAGGUGUACGAGGGAAACUUUUGCGAGGGUCUGUUCCACGGCCAUGGAAUGAUGCGCAACAACCGAUACAUCUACGUGGGCGAGUACCAGGCCAAUGCCCGCAGUGGCUACGGUGUGAUCGAGGACCUGGUUAGUGGGGACAAGUACAUGGGGAUGUUCGCGGACAACAAGCGAUCUGGCAUCGGCAGCUGCAUCACAAACCGCGGUGACUACUUCGAGGGCAGCUUCUCCGGAGAUGACCUGAUGGGCAGUGGAGUUGCGGUCUUUGAGAAUGACUACUACUAUGAGGGCGAACUCACGCUGCACGGCCCCAACGGGCGGGGCGAGUAUUACAUGCCCAGCGGAGAUGCCGGGAGUGGAUGUUUAGCGACCGGGGAGUCCGACGACACUUGCGAGCUGAUCGGUAACAAGAUGUUCGGGCAGCUGAGCGGCACCUGGGAGACGGUGCGCAUCCAGGCUGGCGAACUGGUACUAAAUCGGCGCUUUCCCAAGUACCCCAGCUCCCUUGGACGCCAAGUGGUGGACCACAAUCGCAAGUGGCGCUCGCUGUUCAACAACUUCGAAUCGGACCUGGCUAAUUGUACGGCCAGCAGCAGCAGCUCCGGUGGAAAUCCAUCGGGAGGCACCCUCAGAAAAGCCUCGAAACCCACGCUCAGCACGGCUCAAAUGUGGAACUGCAUAGCGGUGUACAUGAGCAAGCAAAGGGCUCGAGAAGGAGCCAAGCCCGGAAACUACUUCAACAACAUUCUACUCAGUCUGCCGCUGCCGCAGAAGACCGACUCCCCGCUGGCGAAAGCACGGACCACCACAAACACACUGAGUAAGCUUCAGACGGAGGCGCUGGACUUUCUGGGCUUUCCGCCACGCCGCAUCCACUCCCAAGAGGCACUUAACAGCAAGCCAGGUGAACUGCAGAGGGCGGAUAGCUUGCUGUCCAUGGGCCACAACACAUCUCGGGACUUGGACACCAGCAGUUUGACCAGUUUUCAGUUGGACCAAAGCCUGCUAAACAGCACUUUGAAUGGCGACGAGUCCAGCACGCUGAAUGAAAGUUUUACAAAACUAAGUCACAACAACAAUAACAGCAUCUCGAAGCACAUGAACAGCAGCGAUUGCUCGAUUACCUCCACAACAUCCGUGAAGAGUGGACUGCUGGAACAGGUACCCAGCUUUGGAAUGGCCUCGGUGCUCACGGAGCAGGAUGUGGCCUCUAUUCGGUUGUAUCUCGAGCAGGCUUUCAAGGAUCGCCAUCAUCCGCUGUACGCCUUGAAUGAGCGCAUCGCAAACUGCUUCCACUACUCAUACGGCUACUGGAAGGUUAAACCCACCCCGAUCUUGGCCAAGCAGGCCAUGAGAGAGUGGGAGUCCAUAUCACGUCGCAUUUACCGCUUUGUGCGCAAGAUGUUUCCAGCUUUGCCCGAGGACUAUUGCCACAUGGAAGGCAGCCGGGAGGUUAUAUCGCAUAUUACCCUGCUGUAUCCACUUGUGUUGUCAGAGGGUAUCUACUCCACCCUUUUCGUGCUGUACGCCAAUAAGUACAGUCGAAAGGAUGAAAUGUAUCGGCAGAAUCUGAAUCUUGCCGAGAAACUUAAGGACCAAGAGCUCGUUGAACUAAUGGGUCAUGAGAGUUUCUUACAUAACGUUAUGCUGGAUCCCAAAUUUGAGGAGUCCGUCCAGACGUUAAAGGAGCUGCAGGAGAAGUUUAGUCCCCAGGACAUGUUGACUGUGAUACAGCGCAGCACGCAGCUGCUAACCGAGGCCUACGAGCACGCAAUGGCUGCAAAUGCCGCCCAGCUUAACGCGGACAACAUGAUUCCGCUCACCAUGCUCACGAUGCUGCGCGCUGCGGUUCCCCACUUGGGUGCGGAGUUGGCUCUGCUGGAUGAUCUGACGGGUGGCCCCAAUUUUCAGGCCGAGAUGAAUGGAAUGGCGGGCUACUGCUACACCACACUGAAGGCCGCCUAUGAGCACGUAACCUCAAGGGCUUUGCAAAAGAACCCUUGAGCGGGUUAAGCUGAAAGAUAACAGCUUUAACGUUAAUUUGUUUUCCUACUUGUUAAAUCGAACCACUGAAAUUGUCGCCUCUCGGACUCUCCAGGCUCAAGGGUAAAAUAAGCACUGUAAAGCUUAGGUGAAUUUGAAACGCAAUUGUUGAUUUCCCGCAUAUACUCUGUACAUACCUUCAACGACAAAAUUCCCUAAUACAAUUACGGGCAUCGAUUCUGUACAGAAGCUAAGAUCAGUGUAGGCAAUGUGUAUCUAUGUAUUUAUGUAUGUAUCUGUUUUGUAUAUUCUAGGCCAACGCAUUAACAUUCCGAUUACUCACCAAACCAAAUAAAUAAUAUACACACAUAUACGGGA